AUGAGGAAGGAUUCAUCUUCUUGUCGUGGAUCAUCAUAUACCACACCUUCAUCCGAUCAUCAUCAUUGGUAUGUGGAUGAAAACUUUGUUUCACGAUCAGAGCUCUUUCCGAUCAUGAGGACCAUUCAUGAUGAUCAGAAUCUCCAUUUUGAUAUCAUUCAUAAUAUUCAAAAUAACAUGUACUUUUAUUUGAUGAUGAUGAAUCAGACGGGAAGGAAUUGGGUGGGCAUAAACAAGAAGGUAGUUAUUAAGGAUGAUAUGAAUUGGGAUUGUAUCAUUUACCAACAACACCAGGAGGAACCGGUUCUUCUCUAUAGAUCAUCCACAACCACAGAUGAUGCAAAUCAUGGUUCUACCUUUGAUGAAUUACCACCACUACCAUCAUCUCCGAGUAAUUCCGAUACAUCUACAGAGAAGGACGUUACAUUACCAAUUUUCAUCAUUACCUUUCCGUUGAUGAAACGAAAAUUGUGUGCCCAUAAGCAUGUUCUGCAACAAUUCAGUCAUUUCUUUGACACCAUGUUUAGAAGUGAAAUGAUUGAAUGUUCCAAUAAUGAAAUGGCAGUUAAAGAAGAUGAGAAAGUAGUGGAGCUUGUGAUGGAUUUUCUGCAUUUGGGAUGGAUUGGCCUUUUUUCGAGAGAUCUCUUAACAAGUUUGCAAAACGUUUCACAGUGUGUUGAAUCUGUGGAUUAUACAUUUAUUGGCAUGUCAGAAAUGAUACAACUUUUAGAAAAAGCAGAUGAGUACAGUAUUCCAUGUUUAGUUGAGGCGAUUGCUCAAACGAUGAACGAAUUCAAUGCAAUGAUUUUUGUCAAAAGGGCUCUUUCAAUAUCUGAAGAAUUGAGAACGAUACUCUUGGAUCAUGCUUCGCAUAUUGUUGCAGAAAAUAUGUCAUGCAUGAUCGCAGACCAUAUUUACGAUUGUGAAAUUUAUCGAGAGAAAGAUGGCUCAUGGUCCAUCCCAAUUGAACAACAAAUCAAAGAGGAAAACAACAUUCGUCGUUGGUGUGAACAGCUUUCAAUCACGAAAUAUGCCGACCAUUUAGUGUUGUUUCAACAGAAUUUAUUUAUUCAUGCAUUCUCCAAUCUUCCUUCGGAAUUUCUUUUAAAGGUUUUAAAAUCAAAAUCCUUUUCAGAAAAUACACACGACACUAUCGCAUACAUUUGCAUGUGGUUAUUACAAAACUUCAAUGGUGAAGAGGAACAUGACAUAUUGAGACCGAUUUUUCUAUUCUUGUAUUCACUUGAUCUAUCUCAAUGUAGCAUGACAUUUGUUGACCUAUUUAUUGUAAGAAUAUUUAUGGAAUUUUUAAAGAUGAGUCAUCUAACAGAAGAAUUGCAUUUUACAUCUAGUUUAUUAGUUCAAAAUUUAAUAAUGACUAAUCAAGAGACGCAACGCCAAACCACGAAUGAAUUCCAACAAGCAUACAAAGAUCCGUUUUCCUCUGUCACAUACAAACUUGUGGAUGCAAUAGAAACAGAUCGAGCUCUGAAAGAAUAUGCUUUAAAUAUGGUGAGACAUGUUCUGUCUCAGGUUUUACUCGGAUCAUUUCUUCUUACUGACAAUAAUAUUUUUGUAAAGAACGGCGUUCAAAGUCGUACGAGGAACCCCCAACGAAAACACAUCGCUAGAGACAAACAUCCUAUUCAAAAGGUGCUCCUACUAGGAUUAGACGACUGUGGAAAAACAAGACUGCUUUACAAAUUGACAAACAAAGAAAACGAAGACCUAUUUCCAACAAUUGGAUACAAUGCAGAAGCAGCACAAUAUGGACCUGUAUUUGUGAAUAUUUGGGAUAUAGGAGGUAGUAUCAAAAUGAGACCACUCUGGAAACAGUUCGUCACAGAUUGUGACAUGAUUAUUUAUGUGAUAGACGCUUCAAAUUCUGAACGCUUCCAAGAGGCAAAAGAAUCACUUGAUUCAUUUCUUGAGUUUUCUCAUCUCAAACCUGGAUGCACGUUUGUUAUUUAUGCCAACAAGAUGGAUCUCGUGAAAAAUGUGACACAUACAUUAAGAGAAAUUCGAAAUGUUUUUUCAGAGAAAUAUUCCAAGUUUAUUAGUGACUAUUCUGAAAUGGACUCUUUCCAUGAUAUAACUUUACGACAAUUUUAUACUUCCAAACUCCACAUUCAAUCAUGCAGUGCCUUAACAGGAGAUGGAAUUUCGAGCGGAUUUGAAAUUCUCUUCACUCAAUUUCCUCGUCAAUCUCAUCGAUUUGGUGAAAUAGCGCAUAUUUUAGAGUAUAUCGAUCUUACAGUUCAACAUCCAUGA